GGGCCGAGAUUGCUUCACUUUCACCCAGGGAGCCUGGGGUCCGGGCUGCUCCCCAGCACUGGCCUGGGGCCAGUUGCGGUUCUUGGUUGUCACAUGGUUUCCCGGCCUGCUGGGCUAGGGGAGGAGCAAGGUCCACAUCAAGCCCGCGCCUGCCCCCGGCUGACCAGAAGGGAGCAGACGGGCCCGCGGACUCAAGCCCUGCAGCCCUUCUAGCCAUGAGGCUUCUCUGGGGGCUGCUCUGGGUGUUCGGCCUCUUCACCGCAUCCCUGCAGAAGCCCAGGCUGCUGCUGUUCUCUCCUUCCGUGGUCAAUCUGGGGGUGCCCCUGUCGGUGGGGGUGCAGCUGCAGGAUGCCCCCCCAGGACAGGUGGUGAGAGGAUCCGUGUUUCUGAGGAAUCCAAGCCAAAAUAACGACCUGUGUUCCCCAAAGACGGACUUCACCCUCACCUCAGACACGGACUUCAAGCUCCUCAGGCUCCAGGUUCCUCGGAGCACCGCCGCGUCCUGUGGCCUCUUCAACCUGCGCAGAAGCCCUGAGGUCCAGCUGGUGGCCCAGUCACCCUGGCUGCGUGGCGCUCUGGGCAAAGAGACCGACACCCAGGGCGUCAACCUGCGCUUCUCCUCCCGCCGCGGCCACUUCUUCCUGCAGACUGACCAGCCCGUGUACAACCCUGGCCAGCGGGUUCAGUACCGGGUCUUCGCGCUGGACCAGAAGAUGCGGCCGGCCACAGACAGCCUCCUGGUCACAGUGGAGAACUCUCACGGCCUCCGCGUGCGGAAAAAGGUGGUGCGCGAUCCCUCUUCCAUCUUCCAGGACGACUUUGUGAUCCCGGACAUCUCGGAGCCGGGGACCUGGAGGAUCUCGGCCCAGUUCUCGGACAGCCUGGAAACCAACAGCAGCACCAAGUUUGAGGUGAAGAAGUAUGUCCUUCCCAACUUCGAGGUCAAGAUCACCCCCGGGAAGCCCUAUAUCUUGGUGACACCCGACCAUCUUGGUGAAAUCCAACUAGACAUCGAGGCCAGGUACAUCUACGGCCAGCCUGUGCAGGGCGUGGCCUAUGUGCGCUUCGCGCUGCUGGCUGAGGACAGUGAGAAGACGUUCCUUCGGGGGCUGGAGACGCAACGCAAGCUGGUGGAUGGCAAGAGCCGCGUCUCCCUCUCAAGGGGUGAGCUCCAGGGUGCCCUGCAGAAGCUGAACAUCAGUGUCGCUGAGCUCCAGGGCCUUCGUCUCUAUGCCGCAGCAGCCGUCAUCGAGUCCCCAGGGGGGGAGAUUGAGGAGGCGGAGCUCACAUCCUGGCGUUUCGUGCCAUCCAGCUUCUCCCUGGACUUGAGCAACACCAAACGCCAUCUCGUGCCAGGGGCCCCCUUCGUGCUGCAGGCCCUGGUCCGAGAAGCGUCAGGCUCCCCAGCCUCUGGCGUUCCCGUCAAAGUCUCCACCACACUCUCUGGGUCUGUUUCUGGCGUCCCAGAUGUUAAACAAAAUACAGACAGGACAGGCCAGGUCCACGUUUCCAUCCACGUCCCGCAGGGCACCACGGAACUGCGGCUCUUGGUGUCGGCAGGCUCCCUCUACCCCGCAGUGGCCAGGCUCACUGUGCAAGCCCUGCCCGCGGGAAGCUCUGGCUUUCUGUCUAUUGAGCGGUUGGACCAUCGGGCCCCUAAAGUGCAGGAAACUGUCGUCCUGAAUCUGCGGACCGUGGGUCUCAGCCGGGCCACCUUCCCUUAUUACUACUACAUGAUCCUGUCCCGAGGCGAGAUCCUGCACGUGGGCCGAGAGCGCAGGGCGGACCUGACCUCUGUCUCGGUGCUUGUGGACCACCGCCUGGUGCCCUCCUUCUACUUUGUGGCCUUCUACUAUCAUCAAGGCCAGCCCGUGGCCAACUCCCUGCGAGUGGACGUCGAGACGGGGGCCUGUGAGGGCAAGCUGGAGCUGAACCUGGACAGUGCCAAGGACUAUCGCAAUGGGGACAGUGUGAAGCUGCAGCUGCGCACCGACUCUAAAGCCCUGGUGGCACUGGGAGCUGUGGACACGGCUCUGUAUGCCGUGGGAAGCAAGACUCACAAACCUCUCAACAUGGCCAAGGUCUUUGAAGUCAUGAACAGCUACAGCCUCGGCUGCGGCCCUGGGGGUGGCGACAGUGCCCUUCAGGUGUUCAAGGCCACGGGCCUGGCCUUCUCUGAUGGAGACCUGCGGACGUCCGUCAGGGAGACUCUGCACUGUCCCAAGGAGGGGAAAACCAGGCAAAAGAGAACUGUGGACUUCCAGAAGGCCACCAGUGAGAAGUUGGGCCAGUACACUUCCCCAGAGGCCAAGCGCUGCUGCCAGGAUGGACUGACGCGGCUGCCCAUGGCGCGCUCCUGUGAGCAGCGAGCGGCUCGCGUGCCGCAGCCGGCCUGCCGGGAGCCCUUCCUGGCCUGCUGCCAGUUUGCUGAGAACCUGCGCAAGAAGAGCUGGGCCGAGAGCCCGGGGGGCCUCGGGAGAGCCCUGGAGGUGCUGCAGGAGGAGGAGCUGCUGGAGGAGGACGAGAUCCGGGUGCGCAGCUUCUUCCCAGAGAACUGGCUGUGGAGGGUGCUGACCGUGGACCGCUCCCAAACGUUGACGGUGUGGCUCCCUGACUCCAUGACCACGUGGGAGAUCCAUGGCGUCAGCCUGUCCCAAAGCACGGGCCUGUGCGUGGCCACGCCGGCCCGACUCCGAGUGUUCCGUGAGUUCCACCUGCACGUCCGCCUGCCCGCCGCUGUCCGCCGCUUUGAGCAGCUGGAGCUGCGGCCCGUCCUGUACAACUACCUGCAGCAGAACCUGACCAUGAGUGUCUACAUCGCCCCUGUGGAGGGGCUGUGCCUGGCCGGGGGCGGAGGGCUGGCUCAGCAGGUGCAGGUGCCCGCGGGCGCCGCCCGGCCCGUGCCCUUCUUCGUGGUGCCCACCACAGCUGCUGCCGUGUCCCUGAAGGUGGUGGCUCGAGGGACCUCCCUUGUGGGGGAUGCGGUGGCCAAGGUUUUGCAAAUUGAGAAGGAAGGGGCCAUCCACAAGGAGGAAAUCAUCUAUCAGCUCAACCCCCUGGACCACCGAGCCCGGACUUUGGAAAUUCCGGGCAGCUCCGAUCCCAACAUGAUUCCUGACGGAGACUCGAGCAGCUUCGUCAGGGUCACAGCCUCGAACCCGCUGGAGACCCUGGGCUCUGAGGGCGCCCUGUCCCCCGGAGGGAUAGCUUCUCACCUGAAGCUUCCCACGGGCUGCGGCGAGCAAACGAUGACCCUCUUGGCUCCAACGCUGGCUGCCUCCCGCUACCUGGACAAGACGGAGCAGUGGAGCAGACUGCCCCCCGAGACCAAGGACCGCGCUGUGGAUCUGAUCCAGAAAGGCUACAUGAAGAUCCAAGAGUACCGGAAGUCGGAUGGUUCCUACGCGGCCUGGUUAAGCCGCGACAGCAGCACUUGGCUCACAGCCUUUGUGCUGAAGGUGCUGAGCUUGGCCCAGGAGCAGGUGGGGGGCUCUCCUGAGAAGCUGCAGGAGACGGCCGGGUGGCUGCUGUCCAAGCAGCAGGAGGACGGCUCCUUCCACGAUCCCUGCCCAGUUAUGCACAGAGGCAUGCAGGGGGGCUUGGUGGGAGCAGAUGAGACGGUGGCACUUACUGCCUUCGUGGUCAUCGCCCUCCAGCACGGGCUGGCCGCCUUCCAGGACCAGAGCGCAGAGCAGCUGAAGCAAAGGGUGAAAGCCUCCAUCUCAAAGGCAGACGAGUUCUUGGGAAGCAAAGCAAGCGCCGGGCUUCUGGGCACCCACGCAGCCGCCAUUACGGCCUACGCCCUGACGCUGACCGAGGCCCCCCAGGAGCUGCAGGAUGUCGCUCACAACAGCCUCAUGGUCAUGGCCCAGGAGAUUGGCGAUAAACGGUACUGGGGCUCGGUCAUCACUUCUCAGAGCAAUGCUGUGCCGCCCACCCCGGCUCCUCUCAGCCCAACAGACCCCGUGCCCCAGGCCCCAGCGCUGUGGAUCGAAACCACGGCCUACGGCCUGCUGCAUCUGCUGCUCCGGGAGGGCAAGGACGAGCUGGCUGAGCAGGUGGCCAACUGGCUCACCCAUCAGGGCAGCUUCCACGGCGGCUUCCGCAGCACGCAGGACACAGUGAUCGCCCUGGACGCCCUGUCUGAGUACUGGAUCGCUUCCCAUACCACCGAGGACAAGGAGCUCAAUGUGACCCUCAGCGCCAUGGGCCGCAGUGGCGUCAAGUCCCACGUCUUGCAGCUGAACAACCAUCAAAUUAAGGGCCUGGAGGAGGAGCUGCAGUUCUCCCUGAGCAGCAAGAUCAGUGUCAAGGUGGGCGGGAACAGCAAAGGAACUCUGAAGAGCGCAGGUGUGCUAUAUUCUACGGGGCACCAAACAAGGGCAAGCUGCUGUCCACCUUGUGCUCCGGUGACGUCUGCCAGUGUGCGGAGGGGAAGUGUCCGCGACAGCGCCGCGCCCUGGAGCGGGGGCUGCAGGACGAGGAUGGCUACAGGAUGAAGUUCGCCUGCUACCACCCGCGCGUGGAGUACGGCUUCCAGGUCCGGGUCCUCCGAGAAGAGGACAGAGCUGCCUUCCGUCUCUUUGAGACCAGCAUCACCCAAGUGCUGCACUUCACCAAGGACACCAAGGCCGCUGCUGGGCAGACCCGCAACUUCCUGGUUCGAGGCUCCUGCCGGCUCCGCCUGGAGCCCAGCAGGGAGUACUUGAUCAUGGGCAUGGAUGGGGCCACCUACGACCUCAAGGGAGACCCCCAGUACCUGCUGGACUCCAAGAGCUGGAUCGAGGAGAUGCCCUCGGAGCGGCUGUGCCGGACCACGCGCCAGCGGGCAGCCUGCGCCCAGCUCAGCGACUUCCUCCAGGAGUACAGCACCCACGGCUGCCAGGUGUGAGGCGCUGCCGCCCCACCGGAGGAGCCUGAGCGGGGCGAGGGGGUGCUCAGCCGGGCUGGGAGUCUAAUAAAAGCCUUUGCCAAAGUG